AUGGCAAACGUGAAGAACUUUCGUGUGAUCAUCGUCGGAGGCUCCAUCGCUGGCCUCACCCUCGCCCAUAGUUUGCAGCGAUGCGGAAUUGAUUUUGUCGUUCUGGAAGCCAAUGAUCACAUUGCGCCGCAAGUCGGAGCUUCAAUCGGCAUCCUCGCAAACGGGGCCCGAAUUUUGGAUCAACUUGGUAUAUUUGACGAUGUGUUGGAAGAGACCGUCGUCGCGAAAACAAUGCACUACUGGUCUGGCACGGCCAAGCAUCUUACGACAGAGCCACUUCAAAUCUUCGAGGACAGACACGGUUACCCAAUCGCGUUUUUGGACCGGCAGAUAGUAUUGCGUAUUCUCUACUCCCGCUUGGGAGAACACCAAUGCCGAGUCCACAUAAACAAAAAGGUCGUCCGAGUGGAGAAUCUGCCAAAUAAAGCUGUUGUGCACUGCAAAGAUGGGUCGACUUUCGAAGGAGAUCUGGUUGUAGGUGCGGAUGGCGUAAGGAGUAUUGUUAGAGAGGAGAUGUGGAGGUAUAUGGAGUCUCUCGGGUUGACCAAGGACGUCGCUACAGAAAAAGCUAAUAUGAAAGCCGAAUACUCAUGCCUAUUUGGCAUCUCGAAUCCGACCGUUGGGGUGAAUCCUGGAGAAGCUCACCGGACCUUUGCCAAGGGUUACUCUACCCUCACCAUCGGCGGAAAAGGAGGUCGUAUCUAUUGGUUUCUUUUUGCUAAGAUGGACCGGCCAUUCACUGGAUCGGACGUGCCCAGGUUUAACGAGCAAGACCUGGGGGAGCAUGUAGCCAAGUAUCUGCAUAUACCCAUCACACCAACUGUUCCCUUCUCGAAGGUCUAUGAGAAGGUUGAGGUCAAGGCGUACCUCUGCUUGGAGGAGGCCCUUUACCAGUAUUGGAGUAUGGAUCGAUGCGUUUGCAUUGGAGAUUCGAUUCACAAGAUGACUCCGAAUAUCGGCCAAGGCGGCAAUAGUGCAAUUGAAACUGCUGCAUCAUUGGCAAAUUGCCUAUCCUGUUUGGUUAAACUUUCUGGAGGACAUGGUCCGAUUGCCCUCCAGAGCAUCAAUGAUGCUCUGCAAGAAUGGAAAAAGGCCCGGCAACCCCGGGCUAAAGAGAUCCUGACACUGGCAAACGAGGCGACUCGAUUCGAAUCGGGCGCAACUAUUAUGCAUACCAUAAUUUCGCAAUAUCUGCUACCUUAUUUGUCCCGCUACCUUACAUACCGAUCGUCUCAGAUGUUCGUCGAGGGCGAGAUUCUCGAUUUCCUCCCGGUCCCUGCGAGGGCGAUACAAGGCACCAUGCCACACGUCCGACCGUCUGGCCAGACUGAAACCGCCCUCAUCAGGAUAGUGAAGCUUGCACUGACAUGUGUACCACUUGUCGGGCUAAUCGCCUAUGCUAUUAUCGCGAUGGGACUCUUUGAGAAGGGGUUUCCCAUAGCCCUUCCGAUUCUCCAGAAAGGAUCAUGGACUGCAAGGAACGGGGAAAUGUUGAGAGUCGCAGAACAUAUACACAAUGUGUCCGUCCUGGUCAAACUGAUCGGGUCAUUCAUCGCCUUCUUCUUGCCAUCACUUGGCAACUCUCAGCCCGCAUCAUAUUGGCAAAUGAGAUCUUUACUGACCGACUUGGGGAUAGUGUGCGUGAUUUGGCUCCUGGAGCGCUACCGCAAGACUCAUACCUGGGCUGAAGUGAUGCUAUCUAUCGCUCGCUCUGGUCUAUGGCUCGACCUUCGUUCACACUCGGUGUUCGCUUCCGGAGGGGUCUCUAGGACCAGUCUGUUUUUGCAGGAAUACCAACUUCCUGUGACGAAUUUUGCCGACAGUGUUGCGAUAUUCCUCAAGUACGACGCAACAAUCGCGAUGACAAGCGGACUUGUUUGGCUGGGGAUGAAAUCCAGUGAAUUGAAAGAUUUCGAGCGCCUCGUUUCGUGGUGGAAGGUGAUUGGGCGAUUCGCGCAAACGACUGCGAUUCUGGGUUCUGGUGCGAUGGCCUUGAGUUGGGCCUGGAGGGAAGAGAUCAUGGCAAAGAUUGCGAAGACACAGUCGCAUUCGAAAGAGGUUUGA